AGGUGCUCGGCUUUAGCGUGAUACUCACGCCCCCCACGUGUGAACAGUAUGGGCACCUACCAGUGAGUGUGCCAGCAAGCCCUCUCUACAGUGAAACUAUUGAGGUGACGGCCAUACCCCGCCACCUCCCCCAUGGCAAUAUCAACUUCCUGUUCCCUGGAAGGAGCUGGGAACCACAGCACCAGAGAGACAUGUUGACCUCUGGCGGACAAAGCAACCAUUUUGGUUGGUGACUGAGGUGGCCGACUUGGUGCCUAAGGGCAGCUUUGAUCUAAUAAAACUGAGCUGGGAGGAAACUGAGGCAGCAGCCCAUUGUGCACUAAAGAGCGGGAAGAGGUAUCGGCUUGUCACUAUGGAAACAGCAACCAGUGCUAAUAACUGCCAUCAGCUGGACCAGUCAGUAGACCACCUCUUGGUCACUAAGAUGGGUGCUGUGUUGGGUUUGAAGGGAGGAAGGCAGGAACAAGACAGCCGUCCGGUCACUGGGGAGAACAUGUGGGUUUUUGGGGUAGUCCUGUUGAUCAACAGCGAUAUACUGGGGUACAGUAAGGGAGAACACGACAAAUUGGGCCUGCCACAGCUGGUGGCAGGCAUCUUAGCUGUCCUAAAAACCGCACAGAGCACAAGGGAAGGCAGGUCCUGGGAAGUGCCACUGAAUACUAAGAAAAUCCUCAGUCCACAUCUGUCCUCUCACAGUGGUAAGUUCCAGCUUCCUCCUAAAACAGGAAGUUCCUCCUGCCCCUUUCUCCACAGGGUAAGAACCAUCCACUUCCCAUGCCCCCACGCCCACCCCCACAACCUCCCCAGACUAAGCCACUUGGAAUUCCAGCCAGACCACUUCCUAUUUCAGGAGUGCGACUUCCUGUCCUGGAUGAAGGCACUUCCAGUUCCUGCUGCACUCCUCUGCCACCUUCCAGGCCAUUUCUGUCCAGGCCUGGUCACUUCUUGUCUGGAGCGAGUCACUUCCCAUCUGAUGCCCACCCGGGCAUCAGAUCAAGUCCAUAAAGUCCCCACUGGUUCGCAUCUUGCUAUCAGCCACUGGACACAACAGGACACUUCUUCUCACGGUAGUGGUUGUCACCCAACCACCCCAAAUGGCUGGAGUAAGUACACAGAAGGGCAGGGAAAGAGGCCCUGUGCCCGGAGCCAGAAUUUUCCCCCAAAAGCCCCCGUUUUGGGUAGACUGAGGGGGGCAGUUAAUAUGAAAAGUUGGGAAGGGCCAAGAGCCGAGGGGAGAGAUGCUUUGAUGCCCCAACCCAGGACACGUGUGAGAGGCACAGGACAAGAAGCCAAGAGGGUAAAGGAGAUGUAAGGAGCAGGGUGGUAGGGAAGAGGGAGAGAACAGACCUAGAGACAGGAGAGAGAGAAUAAGAGAUAGAGAAAGAGAAAAACUGUGAGAGGCAGAAAGAGGUGCCAACCAAAAGACAGACAGUCCCCAGCCCUACUCUGGGUGGGCGAGGGAACAGGACACCUGUGUCAUGGUUAAAGGAGGCUGAGCCUGUGCCCCCUUCCCCAAGAGGCAGAGACCAGAGGAGUGCCCACAGCCGUCCGGGGGGGGAGGGGGCAGGAAGAGGUGGAGUCAAGUCUUAAGGGAUCCUAAAACUGCGGACGGACGAGGGCUAUAGCCAGGAGGAACCAAGGAGCUGGUGGGGCAAAGGGGGCCAAGGUUAUGGCGCAGGUGCCCCUCAUCCCAUGAAUUAAACUGGAGGAGCACCCCAUGGAGGGCUGGAUUGAGGAAAGCCAGGAGGGAGGAGCCCUCAUACCUUGUAGUAGAUGUUUGGAGGGCUCUGAGGAGGGCCAUCCUGUACAAUGUACACAGGGUGCCCAUAGUCACCACUCACCUUCUCAUAGUGGGGGCAGAAGGGGGGAUCUGCAGCCCCACCACCCCGCAGGGCUAUUCCUAGCUCCCCAGGCUCAGCCUCCCGAGGUCCCAUCCCCCC